AUGAACGAAUGGACGAAUGAAUGGUUGGAUAAAUGGAAUGAGAAUAGGAAAACGAAGGAGGGAGUAGGGGGGUGGGUGAUGGAGAAAAAAGAAGCUGUUGUUGUUGCUGCUGCUGCUGCUUAUGAUGGUGGUGAUAAUGAUGAUGAUGAUGAUGGUGAUGAUGACGUGGUGCUGAUGGUGCCGAUGAGGAGGAGGAAGAGGAAAAAAGGCAACGGAAAAGGAGGAGAAGAAAAAAGAAUUGAUUAA